AUGCCCGUGGGACUGCGAGAAUGCUUUUUUAGUGUGUUAGCUUUUUCGGAGGGAACAUCUUUGCAGCAGAAUAUCAUUAGGUCGGCGGAUGCUCUACUGGCUGGUGGAGACGAAAAUGAUUUGAUUGGGCCUCUUAACGACGCGGCGAAUGUCACGGCGGCUGAUCUGCUCUCUCCGCUAUUGGAGAGGUUCGAAAUGGCAAUUGAGCAUCUGGCGGCGCUCUGGCUAGCCGCAAAGUUUUGGGGGACCUCCACGCAUCGCGUGUCCAUGCUUUCUUUGGUGACGGAUAUUCUUGAAACGGGUAUAUCACGCGAAGCAGACGAUUACGGUGUGCCAUUGCAGUACGCAACAGAGAUUGUGAACCGGCUUUACAAGGCAGAGAUGGUUCUUCUGAGGCGCAGCAGAUACGUCGUUCCUUGCGUCUAUGGAUGCGAGUCACGUUUUUGA